AUGGGCAUGUUUUCCGAGUCUAAAUCAUCUUCUAAUUCUUCCUCUCAAGUUGGAUACAGUUACGAUGUAUUUUUGAGUUUUCGAGGGGAAGACACUCGCAAGAAUUUUACAGACCAUCUUUAUAAUGCACUAGUUCAAGCAGGAAUCCAUACAUUUCGUGACGAUGAUGAACUUUUUAGAGGAGAAGAAAUCUCCCAACAGCUGCUUAAGGCAAUUGAAGAAUCAAGGAUUUCUAUUGUGAAAAGAAGUUUUGCAGAAGCCUUUGAGGUGCAUGAAGAACACUUAAAGGAAGAAAUAGAGAAGGUCAAUAAAUGGAGAAGAGCUCUAAAGGAGGCUUCGAAUCUAUCCGGGUAUCCUCUCAAGGAUACGACAAACGGGAAAGAUAAGAUGGCAAUGGAAGAAUACUGUGGAGAGGAGCUAGAGCUGUAUCUAGAAAUGAGGAACGACGACAGGAAUGGUAGUAAAGUGAAAGAAAUUGGGGUCCAUGUGAUAGUAGAGAGGGCAGAUUCAUUUGAAGAGUCAGAGUGGAAGUGGAAGUGGGAUCAUGACGUUGAGAAGAUGCAAGGAACAACGUCUUCUUCUGCUGAUGUUGAAGAGGGAAAUGAGAUUGGCAGCCAAACUGGAAGAGAUAUAUUGAUACCUAAACUAUAUCAUGGUCUUCAUCAACCCCUUUUGGGUUCAGUUGCAUCCUCUACUUACGAGCAGUGGAUAACUUAUUUACUAAAGGAGUUGCCAGCAUGGGAUAUUUUCUUUGCCAACUUGUGGCUUCUACGUAUCUAA